CGCACGCGGAGGCUGGGAGAGAGAGAGAGAGAGAGGGAGAGAGAGAGAGAGAGAAGGGGGAGUGUCUGUGUAUCUGACCGGCGCGCUCGUGUGUGUGUGUAUGUGAUGGUGGUGUGUGAGCGAUAGUGUGUGUGAAGGAGAGAAGAGAAGGGGGAGAGAAGUAGGAGUCUGACAUUGCUCCGGCUGCCGUUACUACUACAAGAUCUACUACUACUACUCCUGCUGCUGCUGCUGAGGCUGCUGCUCCGAUCACAUCACACACACACACACACUCUCAGACUCUCUCUCACGCACUCAUACAUACAUACACACACACACACACACACAGCAGCACACACACACACACACAUGAGCUUCUGACCGGAGCCGCUCAUGUGCUUCACGCACUCACACAUACAUACGUGCCUGUAUGUGUGUGAGUGUGUGCGUGUGUAGGAGAAGGAUGCUGGAGAGUAUGGGACGAGUGCUAAGGACAGACUGAUGAGAGACUGGACGCUGACCCCCCCGAGCGCUUCUGGGGAGAGAGCGGUGAGAGAGAGAGCGGUCCGGCGUAUCAGUGACGACGAGGAUGGGCUGCAAUCUGUGCUCCCUGCAGAAGAGAGAGGAACAUUACAAACUGCUGUACGAGAUUUCGCAGGUGAAUGGGAAGGACUUGUCGAGGGCCAGUCAUGAGGAGGCAGUGGAAGCAUUCCGCAGUGCCAAAGACCCCAUCGUGGUCCAGGUGCUCCGGCGGAACCCUCUCCCCCGGGGCCAAGGGUCAUCUCAGGAUGUCCAGCUGGUGGACGUGUGCACACAGACAGAUAUUACCUUCGAGCACAUCAUGGCUAUCGCCAAACUCCGCCCCAGCAGCCCACCCGUGCCAGACAUCUGCCCCUUCCUGCUCUCAGACAGCUGCCACUCUCUUCACACCAUGGGUCAGGAGUAUUAUGAGGGGAGUGAGUAUCUCUCCACCAUGCCGGCUGAUGCUGAGAGGACGGAUGAGUUGGAAUAUGAGGAGGUGGAGCUGUGUCGGUUGAACAGUCAGGAGAAGCUUGGACUCACUCUCUGCUACAGGACAGAUGAUGAGGAUGACAUUGCUAUCUACGUGUCAGAGAUUGGACCAAACAGCAUCGCAGCACGAGAUGGCCGAAUUCGGGAAGGGGACCGUAUUUUGCAGAUCAAUGGGCAGGAUGUGCAGGACAGACAGGAGGCAGUGGCUGUGCUCUCCAGUGAAGAAUGCAGAAACAUUGUACUGCUUGUAGCAAGGCCAGAGAUUCAGCUGGAUGAUGCAGCCUGGCUGGAUGACGAGCACAGUGAAUUUUUGGAAGAACUUAAAAUGGAGAUGCUUGAAGAACAGAGGAGAGAGGAGGAGGAGAUGGAGAGAGCAGCCAGAGAAGAGGAAGAGCAGGCCAAGAAGAAAGAGCAGGAGGAUAUAAUGGCUGGGAGUCCGUCUUGCUCCUUUAGUCAAGAGAGGAACUGUGUUGCUGGAGCUCAACACCACCACUUGUCCGAUGGUUCUGAGCACAACGUUUUGGCCCAAAUCCAGAAAAGACUGUCCCAGUGUUUACGGCAGCGGCGGGAUGUGGCGGGCCAGAGCCGUGACGCCCAAGGAUUAGCUAGAUGCUCGGGGGAAGGACUUGAGGAUGAGGAAACUGAAGGUGAUCGAUACCAGCAACUGCUAGAGCUGAAAUGCCAGAUUCGCAACAGCGGUGAAUAUGACUUGUUCUACAGUCGCAGCAGUACUAUCGAGUGUAGCCUGACGGAGCAGAGCGGUGGAGUGGAACGCGAGCUGCGUCUUCUCAAUGAGGAGCUGCGCAGCAUCGAGCUGGAAUGCCAGAGCAUCAUGCAGGCGCAUCAGCUGCGGAAGAAGGACCAGCGGCAGCCACUUCCGGCCAAAGAGCAGCUGCAGCGAAGUCCUCGACGUGGGCACGGGCAGCAUCAAGGAAGCAAGCUGGCCGAUAUCAAUGAGCACCCAGAGAAAUCAGACAAAGACAGCUCGAGUGCUUAUAAUACGGCGGAAAGCUCACGUAGCACACCUCUAGCUAUGGACCGCUCUCCAGAGCAUUCUCUUCAGAGGAUGGUCAGCUUAACCAAUCAGAAGAACCUGAAGAGCAGUCUAAGUAGUUUGAUUACAGGUCGUGGCUCACCCCCUAGCCAUGCCAUAAGGAGGGCUCCGAGUGGCAGUCCUGAUCAUAGUAACCCCUCAGAGUCGGAGCAGACGCCCCCAGCAGAGGAAGAAAGCUCCCCUAGGAAAGGGAAGGUGCUAGGCUCAAGGAUUCCCUACCUCUCCCAACGCCAUCAGCAAGCAGACGUUCCAGCUCAUGCCAGGCACUACCAGAGCUACAUGCAGCUGGUCCAGCAGCGCUCGGCCGUGGAAUACGGCCAGAGCCAGCUCAGCCUGCUAGCAGCUGGUGGUCCACAGGUUUCCAGACCUUCUGAGCCCAAGCUGGAGUGGAAGGUGAAGGUUAGAAGUGACGGGACACGAUAUAUCACCAAGCGGCCGGUCCGGGACAGGCUUCUGCGAGAGCGGGCGCUCAAGAUCAAGGAGGAGCGCAGCAGUGGGAUGACGACGGACGAUGAUGCCAUGAGCGAGAUGAAGAUGGGCCGCUACUGGAGCAAAGAGGAGCGCAAGCAGCAGCUGCUGAGAGCCAAAGAGCAGCGGCGGCGGCGGGAACUGAUGCAGCGCUGCCGACUGGAGAGCCUGAAAGAGAGUCCGCAAAGCAGCGGGGAGGGCAACAAAGAGGUCAGCAUCAUCGAGCUCAGCCACCGCAAGAUGAUGAAAAAGCGCAACAAGAAGAUCCUGGACAACUGGAUGACCAUCCAGGAGUUGAUGACGCACGGAGCGAAAGCGCCAGAAGGGGCCAAAGUUCACAACGCCUUCCUUUCUGUUACAACUGUAUAGAGAGCCACUCAACUCAUACUCAAACUCUACCCCAUGUGGUACGAUCUACUUUUGCCUCGUUCAAUGUGGCGAUUUUUAUGAAAGGGAAAAAAAAAAAGAAUAUUUUUCUCACUUUGUUAUUAAUGAACAUUUUGUAAGCAGUUUAUCAACAGAUGCAUCACAUUUCUAAUGGGAAUCAUUUUUUUCCACAGAUUUUGAGUAAACUUUUUCCAUGUCACCUUCUCAGUGCAAAACUGUCAAGUGCAAAAAUUCCAAAGCGGUUGUUUGGUUUUAGUUUUCAGUUCCUCACUCUUCCUUAAAUCCUUACAAAGCACUGUAGCCUGUUCAUUUGUGUUUGUGUUUCUGUUGUACUGAAUGUAGUUCUUUUCUUUUCAUUUUAAUCCUUGCUGGUUUCAUUUCUCAGUUUAUUGGUUCUUGAAUGGAAACUCAUUUUUUGAUUCAUCUCAAGCCAGUUUAAACAUACAACUAAAUUCUGUGGAAAACUUUACUGCCUCAGUCUUAAACGUGAUAAGAUUUUUGUGGGAUUUUUUCAUGAAUGGACAAAAAAAAAAAAAAACAGGAGUGUGACCAAUCUUGUAACAACACAAUCACCAGCAACUGGCCUAUGGCAGCAAACAGGCAUAUGGCAGAUAUUUUAGGGACUGAUACAGUAUUUUUCUGAGUGUAUUUCAGUAAUGAAGCUGCACCAUUAGGGGUGGUGUUCCUCAUUUUCAGCAGUCCAAAUGGUCUUCUAAACGGCAAUGUUUCCCUUGCUCUAAUGCUACUGAAUAAAUUAAUCAUUGGCUUGAUGGGCUGAGAGAGGUUUCGCGUUCUGUAACUGUAACAACAUGGCCAUGAGGUUUAUGAGUUUGAAUCCUGGGUCAUGUUGCUUCGCCAUCAGCAGCCGGAGCCUGAGAGAGCACAAUUGGCCACAUUUCCUCUGGGUGGGUUGACUUUUGAUUCCUCUCCUCAUUACUCCCACUGUGAUUCUACCGGGAACAGUCAUCUGUUGGCUGAUGUAUCAGAGCUGGAGAUCCAGUGCUUUCCUAUGAGUGUGUGCUGCUGCACCAGAGACAGGUGGAAAGAAGGUGAUGGUUGACUUCACAUGUAUCGGAGGAGGCAAAUGAUAUAGGGGGGUUCAUUGGCUAAAUUAAAUUGGGGAGAAAAUUUGGUAAAAUAACUUUAGGAUUAGAGUCUGGGAAAUGUUACUGGAUAAAAACAUUGGAAAAGGUUGAAUAUGUCUCAGUAUGUCUUGACUACGUCUACAGUUACCACAAAAACACUAUUACAGUGUUAACAGUGUGCCUUCAGUGGGCCAGUCAGUGCUUAAACUUCAUUUUUAAAGAUACACAUUACAACUUUUUAUUAUUUUUAAAUCAUAAAACAUGUCAGUUCUCAGUUCCUAGUGCAGAAAAGUGCAAAAAUUUUAAACACACAAAUUUUAAUUCACUUGGUAUGAAACAGGAAAAUAGGAAAUGAACACAAAUACUGAAUAUCACAAUACUAUGGCACUUUCUAUUGCAAUGGCAUUAAUUUACCCAGCCAUUGCAGACUUUUAAGGCUAGAAAUACACUUACUCUCCUGCAUCUGUUUGAUAUGUCAGUUGUACGCGUCCAAAACAUAUGACACAAAAUGUACACAAGGUGCAGUACACAGGAAAAUGCAGGGGGAUGCAUUCUUCCUGCUGAAGCAAGUGGAGGCCUCUAGUGGAAUCCUCCAGUAAUAAACUGUUACAUUCUCAAUGCAGCUAGCUGUUUACGUGGACCUACAAGUUUAUCUCUAGCCUUUAGUCUAAUCAGUUUCCCAUGUCAUUUUGAUGCAGAGGUGAACAAAUAAUACUGCAUAGUCACAUUUACACAGAGUUUAUGACACUAAUCAGGCUUCUUACCAAUUACAUAUUGGGUUUUACCUUGAAAAAUGAGCCUUUCUCUGAAGUCUCAGCUCUAGAAAGGUAUGCUAAAGGUAACUCUAAAUCCUGUGUAUGCAUAAUAAAUACUCUAAACAUGUCAUCAUGUUUUCUCAAACUGCUACCUAGCACUGUUGGUUCAUGGCGAUUAAACCUAACAGUUACACCUUUUCAGGGGAAAAAGUACAGUCUUCAUUCUUUAUUUGUUAAAUUGUCAUACUCGUUUUGUCACAUUCCUUUCAGACUAAAAUUCAAAAGGCCACAAGAGAACCCUCGUCUUCUCCAAUUACAAAUACGACCAAACAUCAUGUUUUGUAUUUCCUUUGCAGUAAGAAACUGUAGAUUUGAACUGUAAAUUCUGUACUUGUACUGAUUAAAUGUUAGUUGUCCUAUUUCAAGUAAUAUGUAGUAGGCUUUCCUGGCCAGGUGAAUGUGUGGUCAUUGUGAUACUUUGACAUUGAAAUAAACUGUUGUUUUUU